UCAACACCCGUGCAACUAUUAGCAUUUGAGUCUGAGAUCAUAGAAGCAGUCACAAAAAUGACUUAAAACACUUUCUUACACAUUAAACAUUAAACAUACUGAUGAAAAACUUCUCAAGGGGAGACUCGGAUGAGAGCUGAGUCAUAACAGCCGACAGACUCUCCUGAUCUGUCUUAACUCAGAAGUGGCUUUCUGCUUACAGAGAAAUGUGUGUGUGUGUGUGUGUGUGUGUGUGUGUGUGUGUGUGUGUGUGUGUGUGUGUGUGUUAAUGUAGCAUUGCGCUGAAAUCUCUGUCAGAUCUCACAGCAAUAUCCUGGUUAGGAUGUCAACAGUUAACCACAGAGAAUAUUUUUAACAGGUUAUGCAUGUUGGUCUUUAGUAAUUUGCACACACACUAUGCUAACAGCUACAUCAGAUGUGUAAAACCAACUCCUACGCCAAGUGCUGCAUUACAGGUUGUUUGUAGCCUUAAUCUCGCUAGGCUAACGAGUGUCUAAAAGUCUGUUUAUAGUGAGUGUGUUAGAGUCAGUCAGCCCUAAAAGCAUUUUGUUAGUCCAGUUUAAUCUGCAGCAGUUUCUGAAGGCUCGUGUAAUGUGUUUUUCUGCCAUGAGUCCAAAGCAUCUUUGAAAAAAUAUUUCAAGCUGCCACAUAGUCACAUCAUGUCACACAUGAUAAGGAGCUCAAAAAGACAGGUGGUCUUAUAAAUGCUAACUACCAGAGAAAAUAAUUUUGACCGCUUCCAGGAGCCUGGAGAGUGUGUGACUGGUAAACUUAAAACACAACGUGUAUUAAUACUUAUACCAUACAGUGUUUAAGCUGCUUGUGCUGCUUAUCACAUGUUAGCUAACGUUAGCUGUUAAUGUUUAACGCUACACAUAUAUUUGCAGGAGUGGGAGAAAUCUUGUGCUACUGUUUAUGUCCAGCGUGAUGACGGAGACACUGGGAAACAUUGAGUCUGUUUAUUCAUUGCGUGACAUGUAGUUUUAAAUGAGGAAUCCACAACUUUCUUUCAAGAGCACAACGGCCAGUUCAGAACAGGGCAUGCCCAACUGCUAACGGCUAAGCUAAGGCUAAUUCCUCAUCAGCUAUCUCUACUCAGCAUUUUCCUCGCCAAUGUACAGUCUCUGGUGAACAAAAUGGAUCAACUGCGACUGUGGAUCACCGCUCAUAAAAGGAUUAUGGACCGCAACUUCAUGAUUUUUAUGGAAACGUGGCUUAACAGCAGCAUCCCCGAUAGCGCCAAUUGAGCUAACGGGCUGCUACAUCCUCAGGGCGGAUACAAUAGCUAAUGACUCUGGUAAGACCAGAGGGGCCUGGUGGACUAUGCGUUUAUGUUAACAAAGCUUGGUGCAUGGACAAUGCCAUUAUACAGAGGCACUGCUCUGUUAACCGAGAAUAUCUCAUAGUUACGUGUGGACUUUCUAUCUGCCCAGAGAGUUUAUAUCUACUGUUGUGACUGCAGCAUACAUCAGGAUGCUAAUGCUAAGCUUGCAGUGAAGUCUUCAGUUCUCUGCAGGUGCUUGUAUCGUCAAAUGAAUCUCGUUCGAAACAGUUACGCCAUGUCUUCUACGUCUACACAAAAGUUCAUGACAAAAGAUCGAGAGAACAACAUGGAUUUCAAUGUGAGGAAGAGAAAAAAGGAGGACAGUGAUGUUGCAGCAACACCCAUGAAAAAGAUCAAGGUUUGCAACAUCACCUGCUCCACUGAACCCUGCAACAAGGUGCAGGAGAGUGUUAAUAUGAGGAAGAGAAGGGCUAGUGAUGAUGGAAAGAUGCCCAGGAAAAAAACAAGGCCUAGUGAAGGAUCAGUGGAGAAUUUCAUGAAACAGUGGGGCAAGAGAGAGGCCAGUGUCGACGCAGGGACAUCAGCAAAAAGGAUGAGGUGUAGCGACAGCACCAGCAUCACUGUGUCCAGUCCCACUGAAUCCAGCGCUGAUGUAUCCAUCUCUACUGGAUCCAGCACUACUGGAUCCAGUGCUACAAGAUCCAGCUCUAGCUCUACUGGAUCCAGCUCUAGUGGAUCCAGUGAGAAAGUGAUCAUCAGCCAUAUCUUUAACAACGCCUCCCUGGAAGAGCAGAAAGUCUUUGAGCUGGCCUCCUCAGGAAGCACUAGCAGAGCUGAAUUUGAGAACAAGUAUGUCCAGCAAGCUCCGAUCGGUUCGGGAGGCUUCGGUUCAGUGUAUGCUGGCUUCCGUAAAGAGGACUCUUUACCAGUGGCUAUCAAGCAUGUUCCCAGGGAUAUGGUGAGGCGCGAACGAGUGGUUUGCAAUGGGAAGGUGUAUUACAUCAUUCUGGAGGUGGCCCUCAUGCUCAAGACUGGAGGUCUACCAGGAUCAGUUGGACAAUCCGCCGCGAUAUCCCUUCUGGACUGGUAUGCUCUUGAACAUGAGUUAAUCCUGGUUUUGGAAAGACCAGCCUACUCCCUGGACCUCCAAAAGUACCUCCAAAUCAACAGAGGCUCCCUGCCGGAACAUGAGGCUAAGAUGAUCCUGAGGCAGCUGGUGGAUGCUGCCAUUGACAUGCACGCCAAGGGUGUCUUUCACCGGGACAUCAAGUUAGAAAACACCCUGAUACAGCGUUCUUCAACUGGUGCCCCAAGACUCCGGGUGAUUGAUUUUGGCUGUGGCAGCUUCUCAACAAAGACGUCUUUCCAUUCCUUCUGUGGUACCCCUGCAUAUGCCCCUCCAGAGUGGUUUGACUGUCGCACAUACUGGGCUCGUCCCACCACGGUCUGGCAGCUGGGCGCACUCUUCUAUUCGUUGCUGAAUGAUAGAGAGUAUUUUUCAACAUCAGGCUUCAUCCACCACCACAUUAAAAUCGACAGUGAGCUGUCCCAAGACUGCAAGAUGUUGUUGGACAUGUGUCUGGCCAGAAACCCAAUGGAGCGUGCCACUCUGCAGGAGCUACAGUCCUUCCUUGCCCUCACAUAAUCCAGCCCUCCACCCAUCUAAGCCCUUCAGGUUGGUUCCUCCCACCACCUCACAUUGUCACAGUCAGGACAGCACCACACACAUAUCCACAUUGCAGGAAACAGUUAGCAUUGAAUAAUACUCUGUGAUGUCUGUUCUUUGCAUGGGAUCCUGCUGUCACUGUUUCUCCUCCUGCUGAGAUGCGCUGGAGCCCACCUGACCUCCAUCACUGUCUGCUGUGUGUCCUGCUGCAUCCUCAGAAAUGGAACAUUAACACCAGGGAGGAAACUGGAAAAAACACAGCAACAACAAAAAUGGAUCCUGUAGCCAUCCAGCUGUCCAGCCUAAAAGUUUGCAAUGGGAGGCUGUUUGACGUCAUUCUCAAGUUGGCCCUCAUGCUCAAGACUGCAUGUCCACUAGAAUCAGUUGGAUAAUCUGCCACGAUAUCCCUUCUAGACUGAUGAUCCUGAGGCAGCUGGUGGAUGCAGCCAUUGACAUGCACGCCAAGGGAGUCUUUCACCGGGACAUCGAGACCUUCAGGAUCCUGCUGUCACUGUUUCUCUCUCUGCUGAGAUGCGCUGGAGCCCACCUGACCUCCAUCACUGUCUGCUGUGUGCCCUGCUGCAUCCUCAGAAAUGGAAAAUUAAUACCAGGGAGGAAACUGGAAAAAACACAGCAACAAAAAUGGAUCAUGAAACUGUCCAGCUGCCCAGCCUUCCAUGUGGAGGGAAUCUCUCCAAUUUCCAUACAGUCUCAGAAGUUUUUCCUCGUCUUCUUAGAGAGCUUGGGCUGGGUCAAGAACUAUAGCUGAUGUUCGAUCUACAAAUAAAUCAAUCUUCAGUUGA